UACUCGUGACAAGAAUUCUAUACUUGCCGAACUUAAAGCUCGUUAUGAACAUAAAAUGAAGCGUCUUAUUCAAGAAAUUGGUGAACUUCGUCGCAAAUAUAAUGAAGCUUCUCAAUCAAAUGCUGCCACAAAAAAUCAAAAUGAAGUAGCACUUAAAAGUAUGCGUGCUCAAAUUGAACAACUUAAAGGUGAAAAAUUGCGUAUGAUUAAACUCAUGAAAGAGAGAGAUUAUCGUGUUCGUGAAAUGACUGAACGAACUCAACGUGAACUUCAAAACUUGCGACGAAAAGAAAAAUCUGCUCAAGAACAAAAGAAACGACUUGAAAGAACUAGUGAAAUGCAAAAAUUAAUGCUUGAAAAAAGGCAAAAAGAAGUUUUACAAACUGCUGGAAAACUUAAAUCUGUCAUGACUCUUCUUAAACGAACUUCAACUCCAAAAUCAAUUGCCAAAGCAUUCCGUAAAAAUCGUAAGACGACGGCUGAUUCACCAAGGCGUACUUCUGAUGACAUAAGUAACAUUCAUGAUGAUGUUUAUGCAAGUGGUUUUGAGAAAAAGAAACUUUUAGAUGAUGCUAUUAACAAAUAUAUUACUGGUCGACAACAAUUGUCAUUACUUGAUGAACUAUUUAAUAAACGAGAUAAUUUACACAGAGAAAAACAAGAACUUCUUGAAAAACGUGAAAAAGUUAUAUCUAAUUCAGCUUAUGAAUUUACUUCGGAUGCACAAGAUUUAGAUGAUAGAAUUGGAAUGAUUACUUCGGAAAUAACAUUUAUUACUGCUAGGAUUCGUGCGUUACAAUCAGAAGCGGCUAGAAAUGUGGCAACUGAACAAUCGGAAAAUGAUAUACAUCAAGAAACUCAAGAACAAGCUGGUGAUAAUAGCAAAGAUUCCGAUGAUAAAGGUCGUAGGAAUAGCAAGUCAGGGAAAGCCGAAAAAAGAAUUUCAUUUUCUUUACCUGAUAAUCCAAGUCCUGAAGCAUCCUAUGACGUAGCUGUUACAAUCCUACGAAAUUUAGAUUCAUUUGAAUCUCAAACAAUUCUUGAAUCAUUUUUCGAAGAUAUAGUUAAACUACGUACUGGUGAAUGGUCAAAACAAAUGACAGUAGCUCAUCAAGAAAAGACGAUUAUGGAUUUAAACAAAUCUUUAUUAGCAAUGCGUAGGGCUGCGGUCAUGGCCACGGCAGAAUAUGAAAGAAGAAACAAAGAGCUUGAAGAACUAUUACGCCGUAAUAAUCAUCAUGGUAAUCUAAAUGAAAGAUCACCAAGCCCAAUAACGGCAGAAAAUAAAGAGUUACGUCUUGUAGGCAUUGAAGAUGAUGCUAACAAUUCACUUUCGUGGUUCGAUCGUAUCUACGAAACUGCUUUAGCACAAGUGGAAGCAGCUAUAUCCUCAAAAGGUACUCCAAUACAAGAAAAUGUAUCACUUUCAAGAAGAAAUUCUUCACAUAGCACAAUACAAGAACAUAUAUCACUUUCAAGAAGAAAUUCUUCACAUAGCACAAUACAAGAAAAUAUAUCACUUUCAAGAAGAAAUUCUUCACAUAGUAAUGGUUCCGCUUCAAAGAGGAAUUCAUACUGUGGAUCUUCUUCAAAUGCACCGGUACAUAGCAAUGAAUCCUCUUCAAAGAGGAAUUCAUACUGUGGAUCUUCUUCAAACCCACCAGCACGUUUGAAUACAAGUUUCUCACGACCUCCGUUACCAUCUGAUUGGUUUCAAAAGGGAACGGAAGUAGAAACACCUAUUGUUGAAUCUCCAGGAGCUUCUUCUAGAGCAAUGAAACGUGUUGAUAGUACUGGUAGCAAUAAUAGUCUUUCAAAAAAGACCGGAUCAGCUGGCCGACGAUUAAAGAGACCUGAUGAAGGAUCACGUGACAGUGGUUAUUUCAGUGGCAUCGACAAAAGAAGAUCACAGAGUAGCAUGGCUCACCGUGACUCUACUCAUAUGCGACAAAGUUCAUAUGGACGUAGUUCACCAGACAGUGAUGACAACGCGAGUGUUACUAGUGAACGUCGAGUAUCGAUUUCACAUCAUUCGCAUGUGAGAUCAGUGACACCAGAGGGUAAUGUUUAUGAUAGAUUAUCACGGAGUCAUACACAAUCAAGUUCAGCAAAAAAUACACCGACCAGAAGAUUAAUGCGACAUGCAAAACAAAAUAGUGGUGGUUUUAAUAGUACAUUAGCAGCACUUGAAGGACGACGAAGCGAAUAUGAAACAACAACUGAACCAUUGACUGCAUCUAAUUAA